AUGAGCGGCCACUUCAAUGGCGGCACCUCCCAAGAAGACGAGCGGGACCAAUAUGUGUACACCAGUAUACGUUACGACCGGAGACUGGUGAACUCCGAACAAAAUACCGCGGCAUCAUGCAACAAGCCCUGCCCCUUCUACAUGCUGGAACACCAUUGGACUCGACUCCAAGUGGCCAAAUGGAGCACUUUCUUCUUCACUGAUGACAGACCUCGGCCGAAUUCGGGAGGUCCUGCUGUUUUACUGCAAGUCUUGAUGAAUGCAAUCAAGAAAUGGCAUGAAGACCACCCUGGAGAGAGACCAGAGGCUCUGCGCGUUCGGCUGAGGGCGUUUGUUGGAGGCAAGAUGAGUACGCAGAUCAACCACCCUCUCAAAAGUGUGCCCAUGAGCGCUCUCUUCCCCAAAUCCUUCACCAGAUCACCGGAAGGCCACGAGAAGCCGGAAUGGACGAUCGUACUGGAUGUACAGCCGACCGAGCCUGGAGAAGGCACAAUGUUCAAGACUAGCGAUCGAUGUGCGUACGGCCGAGCUCGAGGAGCAGCUGGCAUCAUGGACUACAUGACCCCAAAAGAAGUCUUGCUUUACACGCCUAGCCAGGAGAUACUCGACGGAUCGAUUUGCACCCCGUAUCUAUUCCGCGAAGGGUGUUGGGUCACUCCCUCGUCGUCGGUUGGCGGACUUCAAGGCACGACUCGGCGUUGGGCUUUGGAGAAUGGUCUUGCGGUGGAAGGCGCUAUCUCCAUCGACAGUCUCGUGGAUGGGGAGACUAUCUGGUUAAGCAAUGCGGUGAGGGGGUACUUCUGUGGCAUCUUUCAGAUGCGAGAACCUCCUAGGGAGGCGCUGAGCGAGGAGAUGGUUAAGGAACUUGACCGCCAACGCUUUACCUAUACGCAGAGCAUUGUGUAA